AUGUUUCGCAACCGAAACAAUACUCAGAAGCCAGACGAGGAGCUCAUUAAUCGUUUCCAAAGGACAUUCGCCGGCAUCGUUCCAGGGCCGAGCAGCAAUGUCAGUCCCUACAACCAAAGCCCGGCGGGACCUAUUACACCAGCAAGGCUCAGCAUGGAGAGCACCAUGAAAUUUGACGAAAACACACCCCACGCCGCGCAGAUGGCCCAGUCAUACAUCGACCCGAACGCUCUGACGUUUAUGAAUCCUUUGCAGCAGGCACAUGGCUACUACACACCAAACUCGGGCGGGAUCGGUGCGGCGUAUCAUAACCAAGCGGGCGACCUGCACACUCCCACCAUGGGCCUGAGCAUGAUGACACCCUUGUCUUUACCUCAGCAGAUCGUCGGCGCAUCCAUCAACCCUGACGGGACCGGAAUCCCUAUGAAUCAAUUUGAUCAAAAUUUCAUGGCGCCCCAGUUCCAGAACCAACAUCCGUACGCGCCAUCUCAACCGUCAUUCGCGCCCGCUACGUUUAUACACCGAGAUUCCGGAUAUGAUGGCAUGGACGAGUCUGAGGAAAUCUCCUUGAAUGAUAUGGAUAUGCAGAGGAAUCUUUCUCCGCACAUGGUCGCUCCCUCGAUGCAGGAUGCAAGUUAUGGAUUGGGAUCCCAGGACCCAGCUGAAAAGUUCCGUUACCAUGUCACAUUGCGAGCUCCGACCGCUAUGGUCAAGGACAAGAGUGAAAUCCCUGUGUCAUACCUCAACAAGGGCCAAGCCUACUCCGUCUUCGUUACCGAUACAGCGCCGCCAUCAGCGACCACACAGCCAGUGAGAUACCGUACCUUCAUCCGCGUCUCGUUCCAAGAAGAAGAACAGAGGAAGAAGCCAGCCUCUUGCUGGCAACUGUGGAAAGAAGGCCGAGGAACCAAUGAGGCGCAUCAACGGGGCGGUAAACUCCAGGCAGUGGAAUAUGUGGACCCAAUCCAGGGGGGUUCUGAAGAAUACAAGAACCGACAGAUCCAAGUGGAGAGCUCCUCUUUCGAUGGAUUCUGUGUCACAUGGACCGCAAACCCGGCGAUGGGAUCAUCGAACUGUGCGAUCUCCGUCCGAUUCAACUUCCUUUCCACGGACUUUAGCCAUUCUAAGGGCGUGAAGGGAAUCCCAGUCAGGCUAUGUGCUAAGACUGAGAUGGUCCCCAACAAUACUGAUACGCCUUCCGAAAACCCUGCAGAGGUGUGCUACUGCCAAGUUAAGUUAUUCCGGGAUCAUGGAGCCGAGCGAAAACUGUCGAACGAUGUCUCCCACGUCAAAAAGUCGAUCGAAAAGCUGCGACAGCAAAUUGCUCAGGCUGAAAUGGGGGCCGGAAAUUACGGCAAACGCAAGCGUGCCAAUGCUCCGUUAACACUCAAGAACCCGGAUCCUCGCCCCACCAAGAUCACCAAGCACAAGCGAACAUGGUCCAUGAGUUCUCAGGAUGGAUCCGACAGGAUGUCAAUUGAAGAUGACCUCCGUGUCAAACUGGCAGCGAUGCAAGAGAUGUUCACCUCUACCGCGCCCGUGAGUAUCCUCGCACUGCGAGGUGACGACGAAGAUGAUCCGGACUUGUUCCCCGUUGAACUUCCCGAAGCGCGCAACUUCAUCAAGAAAGAUGGUGUUAGCAAAGCUCGGUCCAAUGGGGGUGGAACCCCAUCCUCGUUCCAGGCCUUGUCUCCAUCAACGAGCGCGAUGUCGCUGAAUUCGCCAGUCGCAGCCCUACAGCGACCGUCGAGUGUGUUUUACGACUCCGGGUACGCCGGGAACGCGUCUUCGGAGAAUUCGCGGCCGGGCUCCGGGAUGCAUGGAGAAACACCCCUCUUGAAUCACCCAGUCAAGAUACAGAAACCCGCCAGUGGAGAGGCCAAUGGCCCCAUGGGUUACAUCGAGGCCGUCGACAUUGAUCCGACGUACAGGCCGCCCGCGGAACAACGCCCCAAACCUAUUGCAUGCUUCUAUAUUCGCUUCCCGCGAAACGACCAGGACGACUAUUACCGCGCAGUAUACUUGACCGAGCGCACCGUCCGAGACCUCAUCGAGAAGAUCUCAAAGAAGCAGCAGACUCUUGAUCCUCAGAAAAUCGUCCGCGUUCUACGUAUCAAUCAGAACGGGUUGAAGAUCAUGGUCGACGACGACGUCGUUCGGGAACUUCCCGAAGGUCAAGACAUGGUCGUUGAAUUCUCCGAGACAUCCCCUUUCGAAAGCUCGAUCCCCAGCCCGGGGGCCCCAAGCCCAGCGGUUGAGGUCAAGUUGAGCUACUAA